AUGGGCAGCGGGGCCGCCCCGCUCCGCCGCCUGCUGCUCGCGUUCCUGCUCCUGUCCGCCGCGGGGUCGGCGGUCCACGAGCCGGAGAUGGCGGAGGAGCAGAUGGAGUACCGCGACCCCUGCAAAGCCGCUGCCUUUUGGGGAGAUAUCGCUUUAGAUGAAGAUGAUUUGAAGCUGUUUCAAAUAGACAGAACUGUUGACUUAACAAAGCACUCAGCUGGCAACGCAAGACACACAUCAGGAGGUCUGGGAGAGCAGUCUUUUGUGCCAAGUGAGAACAUCACUGCYAUGGAUCCUAUCAAAGCAGUUAAAAAGGACGGCAGGCAGAAUGCAACGCUUGUGCGGAGACCGAAGAAGGAGGAGUAUAAUGAUGAGUCUGGGAUGGAUACACACUCCUCUCCCAGAGUACGCAGGGCAACCACAUCCAGGGCUGAGAGGAUCUGGCCAGGGGGGGUCAUCCCCUAUGUGAUCGGAGGAAAUUUCACUGGAACCCAAAGAGCGAUCUUUAAGCAAGCUAUGAGGCACUGGGAGAAGCACACCUGUGUGACGUUUGUGGAGAGAACUGAUGAAGAGAGUUUCAUUGUAUUCACAUACAGAACAUGUGGAUGCUGUUCAUAYGUGGGUCGCCGAGGAGGGGGCCCUCAGGCCAUAUCCAUUGGAAAGAACUGUGACAAGUUUGGUAUUGUUGCUCACGAGCUGGGUCAUGUGGUUGGUUUCUGGCAUGAGCACACACGGCCUGACAGGGACCAACAUGUCACAAUCAUCAGAGAGAACAUACAGCAAGGUCAGGAAUACAAUUUCUUAAAGAUGGAAGCUGGAGAAGUGAACUCUCUGGGAGAGACCUAUGACUUUGACAGCAUCAUGCACUAUGCUAGGAACACGUUCUCAAGAGGGGUUUUCCUCGACACCAUCCUACCCCGUCGUGAUGAUAAYGGGGUCCGGCCAACUAUUGGUCAGCGUAUUCGCCUGAGUCAGGGGGACAUCGCUCAGGCAAGGAAGUUGUACAAAUGCCCAGCUUGUGGAGAGACUUUGCAGGACACAACAGGGAAUUUCUCAGCCCCUGGCUUUCCAAAUGGUUACCCCUCCUAUUCCCACUGUGUCUGGAGAAUCUCAGUGACCCCAGGGGAAAAGAUUAUGUUAAACUUCACAUCAAUGGACCUGUUCAAAAGUCGCCUUUGUUGGUAUGAUUAYGUGGAGGUGCGCGAUGGCUACUGGAGGAGGGCUCCAUUACUGGGUAGAUUUUGUGGUGACAAGCUCCCCGAACCAGUCAUUUCCACAGACAGCAGGUUGUGGAUCGAGUUCCGGAGCAGCAGUAACAUCCUGGGCAAAGGCUUCUUUGCGGUCUAUGAAGCUAUUUGUGGUGGAGAAAUUCACAGAGAUGCUGGCCAAAUCCAGUCUCCCAAUUACCCGGAUGACUACAGACCUUCCAAAGAGUGCAUCUGGAAGAUCACAGUUUCAGAGGGCUUUCACAUAGGGAUCACAUUCCAAGCCUUUGAGAUCGAAUGGCAUGACGCAUGUUCUUAUGACUACCUGGAGAUCCGAGAUGGCCCCACUGAAUACAGCCCAUUAAUUGGUCACUUCUGUGGCUAUGAAAAGCCAGAAGAUGUCAAAUCCAGUUCAAAUAAAGUAUGGAUGAAGUUUGCAUCAGAUGCAACCAUAAAUAAAGCAGGCUUUGCAGCAAAUUUCUUUAAAGAAAUGGAUGAAUGUUCUCUGCCAGACAACGGUGGGUGUGAGCAGCUCUGUGAGAACACACUGGGCAGCUACAAAUGUACUUGUGAGCCUGGCUAUGAGCUGACUGCUGAUAAGAGGAGCUGUGAAGCUGCCUGUGGGGGCUUCAUCACCAAGCUCAAUGGGACCAUCACUAGCCCUGGAUGGCCCAAGGAAUAUCCUACUAACAAAAACUGCGUCUGGCAGGUGGUAGCUCCAGCCCAGUACCGGAUCUCUCUGCAGUUCGAAGUGUUUGAACUGGAAGGCAAUGAUGUCUGUAAAUAUGACUAUGUUGAGGUACGCAGUGGGUUGGCUUCUGACUCCAAACUGCACGGCAAAUUCUGUGGGUCAGAGAAACCUGAAGUAAUCACAUCAUACAGCAACAACGUGAGACUGGAGUUCAAAUCAGACAACACAGUCUCCAAGAAAGGAUUCAAAGUUCACUUCUUCUCUGACAAGGAUGAAUGCUCCAAAGAUAAUGGUGGCUGUCAGCACGAAUGCACCAACACCUUUGGAAGCUAUGUUUGCCAUUGCAGAAAUGGGUUCAUGCUGCAUGAAAACGGCCAUGAUUGCAAAGAAGCUGGGUGCGAGCACAAGCUGAGCAGCGCAGAGGGAAUGAUGAGCAGUCCAAACUGGCCUGACAAGUACCCUAGCCGGAAAGAGUGCACCUGGAAUAUCUCUGCAACCCCUGGUCACAGAGUGAAAGUAACCUUCAAUGAGUUUGAGAUUGAACAGCACCAAGAAUGUGCCUAUGACCACUUAGAAAUGUAUGAUGGGCCCAACAGCAAGUCACCUAUCCUUGGCCGUUUCUGUGGCAGUCAGAAACCAGAGCCUGUGGUAGCUUCURCUAACAAGAUGUUCCUCAGGUUUUACUCUGAUGCUUCCGUACAAAGAAAAGGCUUCCAAGCAAAGCACAGUACAGAGUGUGGUGGCCUCUUAAAGGCUGAAGUACAAACUAAGGAGCUGUAUUCCCAUGCUCAAUUUGGGGACAACACCUACCCCGGACAGUCCAGCUGUGACUGGGUGAUUGUAGCUGAAGAUGGGUAUGGGGUGGAGCUGGUAUUCCAGACAUUUGAAAUUGAGGAGGAGGCUGAUUGUGGAUAUGACUACAUGGAGAUCUACGAUGGUUACGACAGCACCGCACCGCGCCUGGGACGCUUCUGUGGCUCUGGGCCUUUGGAAGAAAUCUACUCUGCAGGAGAUUCCAUCAUGAUUCGAUUCCACACAGAUGACACUAUCAACAAGAAAGGCUUUCACGCCCAAUACAUAAGUACCAAAUUUCAGGAUGCACUGCACAUGAGAAAGUAGUUUGACUGCUCCUCACAGACAUUCCCCACCUGAAGACUGAGACGUUUAAAACUGUGAUUGUUGGUUUUUUGUUUGUUUGUUUUUAAGCUCCUGUACGCUUGGCCAGCAGCAGUGUACAGUAUUUUCUGUAAUUACGACUAAAUUCAGUUGAAAGGUUUGCUUCUGAAAAAAAUAGCAUGACCUUUCCGUUGCUAACAUACCCAGGACCAAAAAUUGUCUUCUAAUGACACCUGCCAGGGCAUAAAUCUUGUAUUUUGCACAGCUUGCCAUGGGCUGAGUGAAGACCAAGUUUGAAUUGGAAAAAAAAAAAAAGCCUUAGUCUCUUGCAUACACUAUACACAUGAGCUCUCUGAAUGCAUCUUUUGGUGCAGAUGAUGUGGGCAGCCACCCGUAGGAUUUUUCUCAGUGAAUCUUUGGGGCCACCCUCUGUCCCCUAUCAGCCCAAAAUACUCUGUGCAAUAAGUCAUCAACCAGAUGGCUGUGACUUCAGAUUCCAUGGUUCCUUCAGUCCCAUCUAUUUAUUGUCUUGGUUAUUGUGUGCGUAGGCAGAGGUAGGCAGGGAUUUGAGGAGAGYCUCUUUAGAACUGCUGUCCAUUUUGGGUCGUGAUCAGUGAGAGGUGCCCAGCACAGGAUUUACGGUAUUUGUCCUGGUAUGUGUUGAAUAGAAGCAUUUCAAGGUAGUGGCCAAAAGAAAGGCUGUGGCUGUUUGCRAGGUGCUGUGGUGGUGGUGGCCAGGGCACGUGCAGCUACUGGAGUACUCAGUCUGGUCCCAUUACUCUGCCACGACAAGGCAGCUCAAAUGACUGUGGCAACAGUACAGGCCUUAUCUGAAACAAAAAAUCUUCCCUCGCUGUUCCACCCUUCUUUGCUUUCUUUGCUCCCUCCUUCCCACCCUUCUCUUGUUCCCUAGUGCUAGUUUCCGAUACGUCCUCCCUUCUCUUGGCUGGGCUGCUCUUCCCACAGUUCCCCACCUCAGCUUAGCAGAGCAUCUCGUAGAAGGAAAUGCCAGGCCAGACCAGAGUAUAUCCGCACUGUAUUUCCUGGCUGUUUCUCAGGCAGAGGGACACAGGCCAUGUUAGAGGUCAGUCCUUGUGAGCUCUGCAAAACUGUUGAGCACGUGCAUGCCCAAAGCAUGGGARCAGGAACAGGAGAGCUCCACCAGAUUCUGCUUUCUGCCCCAUCUUUGCUAACCCAUGGCCCAGUCUUUUGGCAUCACUGCAAGUCUGUAACUCGGACACGCAAGCACGAUGGUGACUUAAGCACUUUGAGCUGUAAGGCUGAGGCAUGUGGGGUGUGUGUGUAAGAUACUGGGCCAUGGGCCUGCAAAAUCAACAGCUGCCUUGGCACU